UCACUCCCGAUGAGCGGGCCAAAGCCGUGAAGCGCAUCGAGGACAACCAAACAGGUGUAGAAAACAAACACUUCAAGAGGGAGCAGAUGAUUGAAGCCCUGACUGACCCCAAGUCAUGGCUCUUCGCCCUCUUCUCGGCUCUAGUCAAUGUGCCUAACUCAUUGACUAACCAGCAAUCACUCAUACUCGCUUCGUUCGGAUUCACCUAUCUACAGACGACUCUCUUGUCGUGUGUUCCUGGUAUGAUUGUGAUCUUGGCGAUAUUCAGUGGUGUUCGGCUUGCUACACGACGGCCCAAUUGCAGAGCAUAUGUUACGGUCAUGUACUUCAUCCCGGGGUGGUCGGGCAUCCUGCUGGUUAGCCUACUUCCUUGGUCGGAUCAGGUUGGACUUCUUUUCAGCCAGUUCCUGAUGGGUGCCACUGUGCCAGUAUUUGUGCUGUCGUUGUCGUGGCUGAAUAACGUGACUGCUGGCCAUACGAAGAGGAUUGUUACGAACACCAUCAUGCUCUCGGCUUACUGCAUUGGCAACGUAGCUGGUCCCUUCAUGUGGAAGGCACAAUACAAGCCGCGUUACCACAUCCCGUGGGCUGUCAUUGGCGCAUGCUACAUCGUCUGUCCGAUACUUCUCCUUGUCAUCCGUGCCGUUCUCGCCCGAGAGAACCAAAUCCGCGACGCAGAGCCUUUUGGUGAUACCGAAGAGGAGUACAUUAUAGAGCGAAUAUCAGAGGAUGGAAGGCGUGUAGAAGUCAAGGUUGACAAGGGAUUCAUGGAUUUGACGGAUAGGCAGAACAGGGACUUCAGAUAUGUUUUGUAACAUUAAGCAUGCCUGAUUCUAAUAGGUGGUAUGCUAAGAGUGCAUAGUUAUGCAUUGAUGUAAUAUUAUACAAGAGAUGUUGUAUCCACCCGUGGCGGCUCGGAA